GCGGCGGCGGCGGCGGCAGUAGCGGCAGCGGCGACGGCGGCGGCGGCAGUGCUCCAACUCGCUCCUCGCUCCGGGCUCCGCCGUCGAGCCGGGAGAGAGCCUCCGCCAGCGGCCAGGCAUCCGGCCGGACCACACCAGCGACCCGGGCCCUUUGGUGGUACCGCGCUCACCCAGGGGCGGCACAGGCACCCAGAGCAGAGCUCCAAGAUGGGAGGCAAGCUCAGCAAGAAGAAGAAGGGCUACAAUGUGAAUGACGAGAAGGCCAAGGACAAAGACAAGAAGGCCGAAGGCACGGGCACCGAAGAGGAGGGGACCCCAAAGGAGAGCGAGCCCCAGGCGGCCGCCGACGCGGCAGAGGCCAAGGAGAGCCAGGAGGAGAAGCCCGACAAGGCGGCGGACGCCGAGGGCAAAGCAGAGGCGCAGGAAGGCGACAAGGCGGCGGCUGCAGCCAAGGAGGAGGCGCCCAAGGCUGAGCCCGAGAAGAGCGAGGGCGGCGCUGAGGAGCAGCCCGAGCCAGCGGCUGCGCCCGCGCAGGAGCCUGGGCCCGGGGCCGCGGAAGCGCCCAGCGCGGCCGAGGCGGGCGCGGCGGAGAGCUCAGCCAGCGCGCCCGGGGACGGCGCGGGCAAGGAGGAAGGGGAACCCAAAAAGACUGAGGCUCCCGCAGCUCCUGCCACCCAGGAAACGAAAAGUGACGGGGCCCCGGCCUCAGACUCAAAACCUAGCAGCGCCGAGGCGGCCGCCUGCCCCAAGGAGCCCCCUGCAGCCUCGGAAGCGCCUAGUAGUACCAAGGCUCCAGCGCCCGCAGCGCCCACCGACGAGCCCCAGCCUGGAGAGGCCCCAGCUGCCGAGCAGAGCGUGGCCGUGAAAGAGUAACCGGGACGCCUAGGGAAAUGCCACUUACAAACAGCCUCUCUCUCUCUCUUUCUCUCUCUCUCUCUCCCCCCCCCCCUUUCUCUGUCUCUCACACUGUCUCUCACUCUCUCUCUCCUAUACUAACUUGUUUCAAAUCGGAAGUAAGGAUAUGUAUUGCCCAAGGGGGGAAAAGGAUGCUGUCCCAUCGAGGGAGGGAGGGGGUGGGAGAAUCCAAAUAGUAUUUUUGUGGGGAAAUAUCUAAUAUACCUUCAGUCAACUUUACCAAUAAGUCCUGGAUUUUGAAGAUGAGCGUCUGAAAGUACAGUACAUGGUUCGUACGUGAACUGCUGCGCACGCACGCACGACUCCACCGCUAGGAGCCCAGUCUCUCCGCUUCUGCCUGGGAGUUGGGAGUGGGGCGUUUGAUGCUGCCCACAGGGCCUGUGCCAAGGCAAUCAGAUCUUUAGGAAAGCAGUAUUUUCUGUGUUUUCUUUUUAAUUUACAGCCUUUCUUAUUUUGAUAUUUUUUUAAUGUUGUGGAUGAAUGCCAACUUUCAGACGGAGCCCACUUAGCUUGUCCAUAUGUAUCUCGAUGCCAACCCUCCAUUCUUCCUCUCCAGAUAAUUUUGGGAGUAACAAACAUUCUCUCAUCGUACUUAGCCUACCUAGAUUUCUCAUGACGAGUUAAUGCAUGUCCGUGGUUGGGUGCACCUGUAGUUCUGUUUAUUGGUCAGUGGAAAUGAAAAAAAAAAAAAAAAAAAGUCUGCGUUCAUUGCAGUUCCAGUUUCUCUUCAUUCUGUGUCACAGACACCAACACACCACUCAUUGGAAAAUGGAAAAAAAAAUAAAAAAUAAAAAAAUAAAAAAAUGUACAAUGGAUGCAUUGAAAUUAUAUGUAAUUGUAUAAAUGGUGCAACAGUAAUAAAGUUAAACAAUUAAAAAGAA